CAGUUGGAGAUUACGGGCCGAGUUUGAAAGAGAGGAAAUAACAGGGAUUUAUAGGUUGCAGGCAUGAUUUACCGGAAAGAAAGGUGACAAAGGAGUUGACGACGUCUGUAGAAUGAGACAUAGGAUCUGCAUGGCAUCUGAUUUCUUCUACCCGAACAUGGGAGGAGUGGAGGAACACAUUUACAACCUGUCACAGUGUCUCAUUGCUCGCGGGCACAAAGUGAUUGUUCUAACCCACUCUUACGGUAAUCGUAAAGGUGUCAGAUACAUGACAAAUGGACUCAAGGUUUUCUACCUCCCAGUGCGCGUCUUCUAUAACCAGUGUGUGCUGCCAACGAUGAUCGCCUCACUGCCUCUUAUACGCUACAUCCUGCUGCGCGAGAGAAUUUCUGUCGUGCACGGCCACUCUGCAUUCUCGACGCUCGCUCACGAAGCCAUGAUCAUUGGCAGGCUACUUGGCAUAAAGUCGGUGUUCACAGACCACUCACUGUUUGGCUUUGCCGAUACGUCUGCCGUUAUCACCAACAAGUUCCUGGAGUUAUCUCUGGCAGCCUGUGAUCACUGCAUAUGUGUCUCCCACACUGGGAAGGAGAACACCGUUCUACGAGCCAAGGUGCAACACGACCGUGUUUCGGUGAUCCCCAAUGCUGUCGACAUGACAGUUUUUGUGCCAAAGCCAAAGUCGGAGAGCAACAGUGCAGAUAGGAUAACAAUUGUCAUUGUGAGCCGACUGGUGUACCGAAAAGGAGUGGACCUCAUGGCGCAGAUCGUCCCAGAAAUCUGUUCCAGGCACUCUGAUGUGGACUUCCUGGUGGUAGGCGACGGGCCGAAGCGGUGGCUGCUGGAGGAGACACGGGAGCGGCACUCGCUGCAGGAGCGCGUGACACUGGUGGGCAGCCUGCCCCACGACCGCGUGCGCGACGCGCUGGUGGAUGGCCAGCUCUUCCUAAACACGAGCCUCACCGAAGCCUACUGCAUGGCCAUCGUGGAGGCUGCUGCCUGCGGGUUGCUAGUUGUCAGCACCAGAGUGGGAGGAAUACCAGAGGUACUCCCACCUGAUCUGAUCUACCUCACAGAACCCACUGUGCCAGCUCUCCUGGAAGGCCUGGAGGCAGCUCUGUCAGACCUGAGGAGCGGUCGGGGCCCGGACCCCUGGAAGCGGCACGCUCGCGUCUCUGCCCUGUACAGCUGGCCCGACGUGACGCGACGCACCGAGAAGGUGUACCGCACAGUCGCCAGUUCCCCUACGCACACAUUGGGGCACCAGAUGAGAAGUUACGCUGCCAGCGGCGUGUGGCCUUUCCUGCUGGUGAUCUCGCUGUGCCACCUCGUCCUACAGCUGCUCGACUGGUUGGUGCCACGACAGUACAUAGACACUGCUCGAGACUAUACCAACCCCGGAAGAGGAAACUGUGCAGCUGGUGACCAGUGGCAAUGGAAGCCGCAGGCGCGCAAGAAGAAGCCCGCGUGAUAUGCUGGCUGCGUCCUGUCGUCGCCGAAGGUGAAACGGCCUGUUGAGGUUGAAGGUAUUGUCGGUGAUAUGUGGCAGCAGACCGUACACACGAGAAGAGGGGGGGAAGGUCCUGUGAUGAGUCGACAGCCUGUACUUUCUGCCUUCAACAGUUCUGCCUGGUGCAUGACGGUGGAUAUGCAAUUAGGAUCCACUAGUUGCAAAUGUGCAAAAAGCUAUUAGCUUGUGGACUGCUGCAUAGUGUUUUGAUGUAAUGUAAUGUUAAUGUUGUGAUACAUUCCUAGUCACAAGAGCUCAACUAUUUUGGCAUGCCUUUUUUCUUCAGACAUGCAUCAAAGUACAAAAAUAAUUUAGUUACAUAUAUCUCUCUCUUCUCUGUCCCUCAUAAAGUGUGUGCGUGUGUGUGCGCGCGUGCGCGUAGGAAUAAGUUUUCUUCUUAAUUCAGGUAGGAAGUAUUCGGUGAUCAUCUCUCUAUAUCGUUCAGAGGUUAGGGUUACAGUGUUCCCGUACUCGUCUUGCAAAAAGUAUGGACCAGUAACAUCUGUACCUGUCACAGCACACCUGUCACCUUGGGACUAUGUAAUGGUUUUUCAUGCAGUAGUUUUGGCCUUUCACUGGCCCAAUAACAACAGUUGUGCUGAUUUAUCAUUCCAUUGAAAUGGAAAUGAGCUUUACCACUCCUAAGCAAAAUAAUGUUGUCAUUUUAUUCAAAUAUGGCCUCCAUUUCUCGGGAAAAAUUUAGCCUCUGUUCAUAAUCUCUUGAGUUUAAUUUUUGCAUAAUGGCUAUUUUGUAGGGAUGAAAUUUUAGGUUAGUAUGCAAAAUAGGCCUUACUAGGUGUAGCUCAGCCGAAUGUCUUCUAGCAGAUUGACCAGGACUCCGGGAGUAUGGCUUGCCGAACUCUUACUCAUGCUGCACUGCAAUGAUAGACUCACUAUUACACACAAAACUAUCGUAGCUACACACACGAUGUUGCACAGUCCACAGCUCCAUGACCUUGACUAAACAAAAUGGCACGAUCUACCAAUCACACGUUACCACAUCACUCAUCCCACUCCGACCGCCUGAGCGUGAAUACUAGCUGUUCUAAAAAUGUCUGUCAUUUCUGCCUCACCCUACACAUCUCUAUAGUUCCUCUAGGCACGUCAAAAAUCUGUUCUUAAUAUUAAUGAGAGCCAGAGCUAACACUAAUUUUUUUGAAAUGGUUAAAUUGUCCCAGAGCUUCAAACUUAAUGUUGUACCUCAAAAACUACUGUACUUGGAGCAAAAUUUUUUCUCUUUUAGUUACCAAAAUAUAUCUCACUUGACAAAGAACCUGAGAAAAACGUUAUCAGGAUAGGGCACUGAUAUUCCUCUUUAAUACUGAAACUGCAUAAAACCACAGUUUUCAGAAGCUUGCAAAUAGGAAACAAGGUGUAACUAACAACUUUGGGAAGAUCUACAACUAGAUGUAGCACUUCCCAAAGUUGUUCAUUACAUCUCAUUUCUUAUUUGCAAGCUUCUGAAAACUGUGGUUUUACGCAGUUUCAGUAUUAAAGGGGAAUAUCAGUGCCCUUUCCAGAUAAUUUAAAGUGUGUAUAUAUCCUGUUUCUCAGGAACUAUCCAAGGUUAUGUAACAAAACUUUUCUAUCAUGUACAGUCAUAUACAUUCCUUGAUCUGCCAUCAAGUAUAUAACAUUGUUGGGAAUCAAAAUAUGAAUUUCUUACUGAAGGUCUUGAAAAAGGUAUGUAAUUUUUAAAGAUACAGGUAUCAAAAAGAAUCAUCCAAUUUGGCACGUUUUGUGUGUCUGAAACUAAUAAACA